AUGGCACGCGUGGGCUGAGGGGUGACAGGAAAUGCCAGCAGGUGGGAGACUGGGGAGGGCAGCGAGUUUGUGGCUGCCUUCCCAACACUGUUGGUCAACAUUCGGCAGUGUUGGGGGUAUGCUGCAUCCCCAGGCCCCAUCCAAGUGGUUCUGCACCCACCUGCUCUGGCACCCACACCAUUGUACCCGGCCCCAGCAACGCUGCCCUCAGCGGUGGCUAUGAGUCCCUGGGCCCGCUUGGCAGCCCGUUUUACAGCCAGGUGUGCCACCGCAGCAAUGUUUGCCGAAAGAGGGAUAAAGGCAGCACGUGCACCAGGGGGCGGGGUCCGGGUCGACGGUGCCCCCAUCCUCCUCGGGGCAUCGCCUCCGGGCACGGGGGGACGGGAGGAGGCGGCGGAAUGCGCCGCGGGAGGAAGCUGGUGUGGAGGAGCACCUGCUCCGAGCCCUGCAGGGUUUCAUCACUUCGCCGCCCCGCCUCUCCGCCGCACAUAAAGACCGGGACGGCGCUGCUGCCCCACAGCGCUCCGCAGCUCUGUCGCCGCCGCCUUCCUCCCUCUUCUCCUCUUCCUCCUUCUCUCAGACAGUGACAGCGAUGGACGCCGGCGGUCCUCGAUCCCGCAGUCUGAUGCUCUUCUUCGGUUACCUAUUGCAAGCAGUCAUGGGCACAACAGUGAUCCCGUUAUGUGCACCUGGUGAAAUGGAAAACUGCACAACAGCAUUAGUCCAGACAGAGAACAGUCCUCGUGUGGCUCAAGUUGGGAUAACCAGAUGCAAGCCUGAAAUGAAGGACUACUGUUUCCAUGGACAGUGUGUGUACAUAGUGGACCUAGAUGAGCACUACUGCAGGUGCGAUGUAGGUUUCUCUGGUGUCAGAUGUGUGCAUUCAGAACUUGUCCGUCAGCCCCUCAGUACGGAGUAUGUGGCACUGACAGUCAUCCUCGUUUUGCUUUUCCUCGUCGCCAGCUCUAUCGCAGGCUACUACAUCUGCAGGAGGUACCGAAACAAGAAGAGACGCACCAAUGCUAGUGACUACAAGGAGGUUGGUGCCCUGUAGAAGAAAAUGUGACUUCCUGCAGCAUUCUGUUCGUCUGAAUGGACUCAGUCCACAUCUAUUUAAAUGUUAUUUUUAUUAAUGAUAUUUACGAUAUUUAUAUCCUUUUACAAAUUUCAAUUGUUUGGUGUUCCAAUCAGUAUAGGUCAAGCAUUUUGUUUUCAGUGUUUUAUUUUUUUAUUAAAUAAUAUUUCUUAAUAAGAACCCUGCAUCAGUGUUUCUGUGCAAAAGAGAUAUAUUUUUGUAAAAAGUCGUCUUCUUACUCUGAAGAGUAAUUUUAUAUUUAUUCUUGUGAAUAUGCUCAGAACAAUUUUACACCUGUAAAUAAAAGCUCUUGACAAAGUCA